UCCUUCCAUGGUUAAAACGAACUGAUCCUAGUACAGCCGUUUAUGCAAAUCCAGGCGCUUCUAGCGCUCUGAUUGGUCGAGCGAGCGUCACGAGACGCGGCACGGUAGAACUCCUGCACUGCUGAGCUCGUGCUGUCUGGGAAAAUGAGUGAGUCUUUAGUUGUGUGUGAGGUGGACGAAGACCUGGUGAAAAAGUUGCGGGAUUUCCGCUUCAGGAAGGAGACUAAUAAUGCCGCCAUCAUCAUGAAGAUUGAUAAAGACAAACAGCUGGUGAUUCUGGAGGAGGAGCAUGAGGAUAUUUCUCCUGAAGACCUGAAGAAUGAGCUACCAGAGAGACAGCCCAGAUUUGUAGUCUACAGCUAUAAGUACCAACAUGAUGAUGGAAGAGUGUCCUACCCUCUUUGUUUUAUCUUCUCCAGUCCCGUUGGAUGCAAACCUGAGCAGCAGAUGAUGUAUGCUGGGAGCAAAAACAAACUGGUACAGACGGUUGAACUGACCAAGGUGUUUGAGAUCAGGAACACUGAAGACCUGACAGAGGAGUGGCUCCGGGAGAAACUGGGCUUCUUCCGCUAAGAACGGACCGAACAAGCUAACACUCGUGUUUAAAGAGUGACCGAGAUGGGACCAUCACCUCCAAACGGAGAGAAUACCAUAGUCCAUCUGAUACUGUCUGUUUGUGUAUGUUUGAAUGCUUCUGCCCAAACUCUAAACCCGCCUGUACCAGUUUAAGAUGACAGCAAUUUGAGGUGCAAAGAAAAGAUAAUGUGAAAGUAAAUUCCACAAAUACCUUGAACUAUUCCUUGGAUUUUUAGAAUCAUUCCGCUCUCGUCCCUGAGUAGUAAUGUACUGCAUGUACUGGCCUGCAAAGUUGGUCCAAUCUUACUGCAAUGAUAGUUGGGUGACAUGUUGCAAUAUAAUGUCAGCUAUCCUUCAUGAUAGAUGACAUAGCAACAUGUUAAAACUCUAUUAUAUGGCAUGUUUUGCCAGUUUUGGUGUAAAAUCACAUAAGUCUUCACGUAAAGCCCUAAUAAGGGCCAAACAUUUUCUUCCUUCAUAAUGCAUUUUCUACCUGUAAUUUGACCACACAUGAAUUAUUUUGUUUUGUUAUCUGUUGAACUGCAAUGGUAGGUGAGGUCAGAAAUCUUUUUUCAAAGCGUUUGCUUACUGUUUCUGGCCUGUUGUCUUGAGUGUCAUAAAUUCAUUCUUUUUUGCCUUUUUAAAUCUGUGCUCACAGCCUGAUAAACAAAUUUCCACUAAAGAAUCUGUGAGGACAAUUGGGUGAAAGUUCUGGGUCUAAUUUUUCUUGAUUUAGUGUUUUUGGGAGAGGGGACAUAGUAUUCGUCACCCAGCUGUCCUUAAUCACAGAUCUGUCCUACUUUAUGGAAAUGCGUAGGUUUAGAUGUACAGCGGCAGAGAUGUGCUAUGGUGUUAUUGUGCCACAGGCAAUCAUCUCGUAAUGAAUUCCUCUGUUAAUUAUUCAAAAUGACUAAUUUUCCUGGUGUCACUAUUCUUAAGUUUAUGCAAAGCAUCACUAUUUCCAUAUUUAUGUAAAAACAAUCUUUCUAUUGGCAAAAUGUAAACACUGGAAAUGUUUAAAGCUUAACAGAGUAAUAUGAAUAGUUUAAGGAAGUGAUGAUAUUAUGGUUUUGAUAAGUAAUACCUCUGCAGAUCUCACGUCUUUCAGAAUUUGUGAGCUCUAAUGUGGGUCAGGCUCAUUUCUGUACAUCUGUAGAACCCGUAACACCUGUGAUUAGUGCCGUUUCCUAUUAAACACUGAUUGCUCACUUUGGUGGUUUGUAUGAUGUGGACAUCACAUGAUAUGUCCCAUACAGUAGUGAACUGUGUAUGUGUUUAACAUUUAAUUUUUAAUGACUGAAGAUGCUUUUCCUGAUCAUUUAUAACUCAAGUUCUCUCUUGAAAGCAGAAAAAUGGUUAACCUUUCAAUAUGUGUCUCAAUUACAUUUGUCUGCUGUUUUGAAUAAUUAAAUAGAAGGUUUUUUCCUUUAAAAUUUU